UUCAUCCAUCUACUAGCGAGAGAGAGAGAGUGAGAGAGAGAGAGAGAGAAGACAGAAAUGAUUCACAGAAGAAGAGACAGACUCUGGCUAUAGAAGUGGAGAGUGGCGGAUGAGAGAUAAACAGAGAAAAUAAGAGAAAGAAAGAGAGAAAGAAAGAGAGAGAGAGAGCAGGAGGGGACAAGGACAGUGAUAAACUACUGCAUUCAUAAAACAGUUGAGAACGUGGAGGAAUAUUGAAACAGAACGACAGAGAGAGAGAGAGAGAGAGAGAGAGAGAGAGAGAGAGAGCAUAAAACUAUCACAUUCACAAAAGGGGCUGAGAGUGAGAGAGACCUAUCUGAGAGAGAAAGAGAGUGAGAGGGAUGCAGAGGAAAGAAGAGGGAGUGCUCCUUAUCUUGUCACUCGGGGGAGACCACUGAGAGUUACAGAGAGAGAGAGAGAGAGAGAGAGAGAGAGGGAGCGAGAAAAGAGAGAAGGAGAGAGAGCUCUCUGCUUCUCACAUGGUUGCACAGCAGGCAUUUCCUCUCGUCUUAAGCUGCGCACAACUCUACGGGGAUCUACGACAAGCGAAAAUAAAACUUGGAUACAUCGUCCUCCGAUCAGUCUUGGAAACGAACCACGCGUUGUGGAUCGCGUUUCUGUGUACUUGUGCAAGUGCGAGUGAGAGAUAGACAGAUAGACAGUCAGAGAGAGAGAAGAAGAGAAGGAGAGACCAAGAGAAGGAAAAGAGAGAAGAGUGGGAGAGCCUUGACGAGUCAACGUUGCCGGUUGGACUUGUCGGCGUGUAGGCGGAGGGUGAGCGGACGCCCGGAGAAGCAUGCUGCAGACCAUUUACGAGAGCGAGUCGCGUAUCCCUUCUGACUGGCUACGGAAAAUCUUGGAUGCACACACCAUGCCUAGUAGUGUCAUCGGCUCAGGCGUGAGUGCGGAGCUCUUAGCCGCGGCGGCCGCGGUGAGCAGCAGCAGCAGCAGCAGCAGCGGCGGUGGCGUCGCCCUCGGUGCCGUCGGCACGGGCAGCACGGCCGGCACCAACGGCAACGGCAACGGCGGCGGGAGCAGCAGCGGCGGCAGCAGCAGCAACGGGAGUGUGGAGGAGGCGGAGAUGGGAGGAGGAGGAGGAGGAGGAGGAGGCGGCUGGGAGCGCGAGCCCGAGGAGUGGGAGCAGGAGCUCCAGCACGAGCUGCUCCUCAUCCAGCGGCAGCAGUACAUCCAGAAGCAGCUGCUCAUCUCAGAGUUCCACAAGCAGCACCAGAACCUGCUGAGGCAGCACCAGGCCCAGCUACAGGAGCACAUCAAGGUAGGAGCAGAGGGGAGCAGAACAGAGCAGAACGGAGAAGAACAGAGCAGAACAGAGCGAAACAGAACAGAGAAGAGCAGAACAGAACAGAGCAGAGCAAACUGCGGCAGGAACAAUUUCAGCCAGGAGUUGCUAGUGGGAGUUGGCGGGGAGGCCGGGGAGGAGGAGGAAGGGGAGGAGAGGCUGGAGGAGGGCAAAGCAGGGCUCCAGAUGAUGGAGCAGCAGCACCAGCACCAACAGCACCAUCAGCACCAACACCACCAACAGCAGCAGCAGCAUCUCCUCCAUCAGCACAGGAAGAAGGAGCGCAGCAGAGAGAGUAUGAACUCCACCACCCAUGGUGCCAUGGCCAGCACGGAGGUCAGACAGAAACUUCACGACUUCCUGUUGAACAAAUCGGCGAAGGAACUCUCGCCCAACGGCACUGGUCACCCCUCCGCCCACCGACCCAAGAUCUGGUACAUGCCCACCCAGCACUUGUCAGUGGACCAGAGCUCCCCUCCACUGGGGGAGACUCCCCCCACCUUCAAAUCCCCCCUACCUACUGGCAUGGACGGCAAGGAUGACUUCCCCCUCAGGAAAACUGCCUCUGAGCCCAACCUGAAAGUCCGCUCCAGACUGAAGCAGAAGGUGGCGGAGCGUCGGAGUGGUCCGAUCCCAAGGAGGCGGGACGGGAGUGUACUGGUCACCCCGCACAAGAUGCGCACCCUCGAGCUCAACGACUCCUCGGCCAAUGACAGCUCUCCAGGCUCCGGACCCAGCUCUCCUAUUGGCUACUGUGGCGUGGACAAUGCGACAUCAUACCGACCCAGCGCAGUCCAGAUAGAGCAGCUGCCUCUCCCAGGCAGACGUCAUCCUGAGCGGGGCUCCAUGGCGCUGCUGAACCUCUACACGUCCCCCUCACUGCCCAACCUGACCCUGAGCCUGUCGUCCGGCGCCUCCCCGAUCAGCGCUGCCACAGCGCUGAAGGGGAGAGCGGCAGAGGGCAUGUCCCGCCAUUCCCUGGGCGCCGUGCCACCCGUCUCCCUGGAAACCAAGGUCAACAACAGCCACCAGGCACUGCUGCAGCACCUCCUCCUGAAGGACCAGAUCAGGCAGCAGAAGAUCCUCUCACCUGUCGCCGGCAGUGUCCCCAUCAUGCCCUUGUCUCCACUGGUGAUGAAGGAGCGGCCCGCGUCCAGCUCGCGGCCCAAGCUGCCACGCCACCACCGGCCUCUGAACCGGACCCAGUCGGCGCCGCUGCCCCAGAGCACGCUGGCCCAGCUCGUCCUCCAGCAGCAGCACCAGAACUUCGUGGAGAAGCAGAAGCAAUACCAGCAGCAGGUCCACCUCAACCAGAUUCUGUCGCAGUCCAUCGAGCACCUCCGACACCCCAGCGCUCACCUGCAGGAGGAGGACGAGGAGAGCAGCCUGCAGGAGCCCAGGGCUGAGUGCGCCACACUGCCCUCUGGUGGCGUCAUCCGGCACCACAGCCUGAGCAGCCGCAGCAGCAGCAGCAGCACCAGCUCCUCGUCCACGGGCAACGGUGGCGGCGGAAGCAGCCGGACCAGCAUGGACAUCGAGCCCAGCGAGGCCCAGAUUGCCGCCGCGGCCGCCAUCACCACCGCCAUCGUCGCCGUCAAGGUGAAGGAGGAGCCGUACUCCGACACGGAGGAGCAGAUGGAGGAGGGCAGGGAAAGCGCGGGGCAGAGAGAGGGAGCGGACGCGGAGGUCAGGGGUCAACUGAGCGAGGUGAAGAUGGAAGACACGUCGGCCAUGACCGAGGACUGAAUGUAGGGAGACGGAGAAAUGGAGAGAGGAGAGAGUGGAGAGAGAAAGAGAGAGAUGGAUGGAUGGAUGGAUGGAUGAACGAUGGCAGGAUAAAACAACUCAGUCCUGCGUUUUGUGUCUGUUUUCCUUUUCUCUUUCAUGUGUUCCCCUGGACUUUCUCUAUCCUCCCCUCCCUCCCUCCCUCCCUCCAUCCCUCUCUCCUCCUCUCCUUCCACUCCUCCUCUGGCGCUCGGAUCUCGACCUCAGCUCCGUCGUUACUUUGACUCGAGGGCCGAUGGACGCCUCUCGUCAACACACACCGCUCAAGUGUGUGGACUUGUGCCGUUGUGUGACUCUGUAACUGUGAUCCCUCUUUUUUCUCUGUUGUGUGUUGUCUCUCCAUGUGUGUGUAUGGGUAUGUGUGUGUGUGUGUGUGCCAUCAUACAUGUGUGUGUGUGUGUGUGUGUGUGUGUGUGUGUGUGUGUGUGCCAUCAUACAUGUGUGUGUGUGUGUGUGUGUGUGUGUGUGUGUGACUAGAAACAUUACCGCCACCACCACCGCUACCACUACGGAUUUCUCUCUCUCUGUCCAUCUGCUUGGCCACAACUCCCCAGCCGAACACAAAGAGUCUAUUAUACCGCAGAGGGGAAAAAAAACAAAACAAAAAAAGCAAUCAAAUAAAAAAGUUAAACAGUAGCAUUCUGACUUUCAUUGUGGCAUGUUCACCCAUAGGAGCCUCUUUUGUCUGAGUGGGACAUGAGUUGACCUGCCGAAACCAUUUGUCCUUCACCUUUCUGUGCCUCCGUCAGCUCUUGUGUACAUGUUUGGAUAUUUGUGACUAUGGGAGGUUAUGUGU